UGUUAUUCGUUUUGAAAGUCUUCAUCGGUAAUCUCUGAUUAUUGGUCUUCCAUGGCGGCAAUCAACAGCUUCGUCUCGCAAAGAAUCCCUCAUUUCAAAAAAUCGCCCAUAACCCUAUUUGAUUCUAGUUCUUCAUUCCGCAAAGAGCAUCAGAAAGCAAGACCGGUUCGAUUGAUUGUUAGGAGAAGAAAAUGGGGUGUUAGGUCGGCCAUUGACGACCAAGAAUUGGUUCGUUUGGAGGAGAAUCGUUUGAAGGAUGGAGAACAGAGCUUAUCCUUUGAUGGGUCUGAGAAAAUUGAGGCAUCUUCUUUUUCUUUCUCUGAGGAGAAGGGCGCAGUGGAAGUUUUGAAGGGUUUCAGUGGCAGAGCUGUUAAUGCUACCAUUGUUUUGGGGGUUGGAACCUUGCUGGUUACUAAAUUGCUUACUAUCGAUCAUGAGCUAUGGCAUGGAUGGACCUUGUAUGAGGUUCUAAGAUAUGCUCCUGAACACAAUUGGAUUGCUUACGAAGAAGCUCUCAAAACGAACCCAGUUUUAGCCAAAAUGAUGAUAAGUGGAAUUGUCUAUUUUCUCGGAGAUUGGAUCGCUCAGUGCUAUGAAGGGAGGCCUUUGUUUGAGUUCGACAGGGCACGCAUGAUCAGAUCAGGUCUUGUUGGGUUCACUCUCCAUGGAUCUCUUUCUCAUUACUACUACCAAUUCUGUGAGGUUCUCUUCCCCUUCAAAGAUUGGUGGGUUGUUCCAGUAAAAGUUGCGUUCGAUCAAACCGUCUGGUCGGCUCUGUGGAAUAGUAUAUACUAUGUGGUUCUGGGAAUUCUUCGUGCCGAAUCUAUGGCCGAUGUGUAUAGUGAACUCAAGUCGACGUUUUGGCCAAUGCUCACUGCAGGUUGGAAACUUUGGCCAUUUGCUCAUCUCAUAACGUAUGGUGUUAUUCCUGUUGAGCAAAGGCUUCUUUGGGUGGACUGUGUGGAGCUCAUCUGGGUCACCAUCCUUUCAACUUAUUCGAAUGAGAAAUCCGAAGGACGAAUAUCGGAGCCAUCGACAGGAGAAAACGAAGCUUCAUCGAGCAGUCGACCAGACAAGGACUAGACACGAUCAACAGAAGAAAACAGAUUCAAAUCUUCGAAAUGAUAGAUUAGAGUAGUUAUUGUUUUAUUCCUGAAACAGAUUGUUAUCUGAAACAAUGUGCAAGCUAUCAUCAUUUUAAAUAAACUUUUGUUCCCAGACAAGUCUUCUCUGAAUGAUUGUUCUAAUAAACGGAACAGCCGAA